CACAAUGCCCCCUGACGCCGCUUUCCCGCCCCUCCGUGUGCAGCCCCUGGGGUGUGGCUGGCGUCAGGCACGCUCCGCCCCCUUCUCUCCCCCCCCCCCGGGUUCGGGCCCGGCCGGCGACGGCGGCGCUGCAAGCUGCUCUCCUCUCUUCUCUCGUCUUUGUCGGGUGGCGCCUCGCGGUUCCCCCUUCCUCCUGCUGCUCCUCCCGGCGGUGACGGGAAGCGGCGGGCGCAGCGCUCCCCGAGCCGCACUGCCCGCUGUCCGCAGGGCUCUGCCGCCCGCCGCUCUCCACUCCGCUCGGGCGCCCCCCUCGGCUGCUUCCGCAGGAAGGAGCGGCGCUGCUGCCCCCUCCCCCUCCCCGCCUUCCUUCUCCUCCUCCUCCUCGCGCCCUCCUCCCGGCCCCCCCGCAGCGCGAGCGGAGCGCGGAGUCACCGCGGCGCACAGACGGCCCCGGCGGCGGCGGCACUCGCACACAAUGGCGCUGAAACGCAUCAACAAGGAACUUAGUGACUUAGCUCGCGAUCCUCCAGCACAGUGUUCAGCAGGUCCCGUUGGAGAUGACAUGUUUCAUUGGCAAGCCACAAUUAUGGGACCUAAUGACAGUCCAUAUCAGGGUGGUGUAUUCUUCUUGACAAUUCACUUUCCUACAGACUACCCUUUCAAGCCACCUAAGGUUGCAUUUACAACAAGAAUCUAUCAUCCAAAUAUUAACAGUAAUGGCAGCAUUUGUCUUGAUAUUCUAAGAUCACAGUGGUCUCCUGCUUUAACUAUUUCUAAAGUUCUCUUAUCCAUUUGUUCACUGUUAUGUGAUCCAAAUCCAGAUGACCCUCUAGUGCCAGAGAUUGCACGUAUCUAUAAAACAGACAGAGACAAGUACAACAGAAUAUCUCGGGAAUGGACUCAGAAGUAUGCCAUGUGAUGCUACCUUAAAGUCAGAAUAACCUGCAUUAUAGCUGGAAUAAACUUUAAAUUACUGUUCCUUUUUUGAUUUUCUUAUCCGGCUGCUCCCCUAUCAGACCUCAUCUUUUUUAUUUUUUUGUUUACCUCCUUCCAUUCAUGCACAUGCUCAUCUGAGAAGGCUUUAGUUCUUCCAGCUUUGGACAAUAACUGCUUUUAGAAUCUGUAAAGUAGUUACACAAGAACAAUUGCCCAAGAUUCAGAAUUUUUUUUUUAAUGGAGCAUGUGUAUUAUGUGGCCAAUGUCUUCAUUCUAACUUGGUUAUGAGAUUAAAAAAAUACAUUCCUCAUUGCUCUAACAGAUACUGAAGAUACCACCUGGAAGGGGUGAGAGGAGAUGGAUGUUCAGUUUUCUCCCAUCAAAGAAGUAACAUUGCUGUAGCAACAUCCAUCUUGUUACAAACCUUCUAGUGUUAGAGAACUGAGGUUUUAUUAUAUACAUUUGCUCAUAACUGAUGUGUGUGGAGAAUUGGUACUGAAUCUAUAGCAUCAGCAGAACAGAAAAUGUGAUGUAUCUUAUGCAUGUCAAUAAAGGAAUGACCAGUUCUUGUUUUACAGAGAAUGGAAAUUGGAAGUCAAACAUCCCUUGUAUUCCAAAAUAGGGUCUAAGAACAUUUUUGUAAUUCAUUUAAAUUUUGUUAGGAGGCUUGGAGCUAUUAGUUAAUCUGUCUUCCAAAACACUGUUUAAUAUAGCACUGAAUAAAUGAUGCAAGUUGUAAAUGGAUGAGUGAUCAACUAAUAGCUCUACUAGUAAUUGAUUUAUUUUCUUCAAUAAAGUUGCAUAAACCAAUGAGUUAGCUGCCUGGAUUAAUCAAUAUGGGAAACAAAAUCUUUUGUAAAAGCAAAGCUGGUUUUUGUAUAUACUGUUGGGAUUUGCCUCAUUGUUUAACAUCAAAUAAUGAUGUGAAGUUCAAUAGAGUGAAUCUUUUGCCAUUUUCAGUUAUAAUGCUCAGUCUGUUGCAGGUUGACACAUUGUUCGGCCUGAUGUAUGCAGAAUUAAUAAGCUAACAUAGUAGUGUAGCCUUAGUAGUGUGCUACACGUGGUGCUGGGAGCCCAGCGUUCAAGGAUGGACUUGGGACCCAGCAGAUCUGAAGUGGUGUAUUGUGGAGAUGCUUCCUGAUGCACCUGUGUUUGCUGACUGAGAACCUUUUUCUUCACCUUGUACGCUUGAUAGCUGAAAGAUCUUAAUAUGGGAGUAAUCAUGAGGCAAAAAUAUAAAAUAAAGUACUGUUUUGAUGUGGGAAUUGUCAUGAGGCUGUGUUGAAGUGAAUUUACUAUGUGGGAUGUUCGUUACCAUUGAAAAGGACUUGUUCAGCCAUGCUGCCAUUUACAUUAAUGACUAUUUUAAUGCAACAGACACUUUCCUCAUGUCAGGUGACUAAACGUGAAUAAAGACUCAUUGCUAUUGGA